AUGGAUCUAUUCAUCUUCAUUCAUUUGAUUAUUCUCAUCUUAUGUAAUCCAAUUGGAAUUAAUUCAUUCAUAGUGAAUAAUCAUUCACAUAUUUCUAUAUGGUUACGUAAUAAUAAUGAUGAUGAUGAUGAUGAUGAUGAUGCUUGGAUAACUACUCAUCUACAAGCACUCAAUGGAUAUAAUCAGAUCAAUCAUUAUGAUCCCUUUUAUAGGAUUAAUAGAUCAAGUAAGUCUAUUAUGUAA